AUGACUGCCAUGAAUGUGGAAUUGAAGCCUCAUUCCUACGAAGCAAACACAUUAUGCAAAGGUGUGAACGGUGACGAUGCUUGCACAGUAGGAAUAACGGCUAGUGAUUCUUGUUUAAAACUACUAAAUUUCGAAAUGACUCCAAUCACGCGAAAGAUGAUCAUUGGUCUUGUCACAUUGGCCAAACCUGAUUACAUUGCGUACACAGCCAAGGAAACGAACUAUCGGUUGCUCAAAUUGCUUUUCAACACAAAAUAUUUGUUGCUUGCAAUUCACAAAACCAACGGUGACUGCUUCUUUAAUCGAAUCAAUAUCUUAGCCAACAAUGGUUGCACCUAUAGUGGUAUUAACAAAUCAUUAGUCGAAUUGUUUGGGGAGUAUAUCUCAACUAAUUCAGUGCGGCCUACUGUUGAGGAUGACCGGUUCAUUGACUCAAAACAUGGAAUUGGUAUUAUUGCUGGUAACAUUCACAUGUUCAAGUCAGAUGCAUCUGAAUUACUAAUUGAUGAGUCAUUAUUAUUUGAGAGGCCCGCUCAGGUUACGAAGCAAAUCUUCUUGCUUCAUCAAACAGAUAAUCAAUUCAUCGCAGGCAUCUUGACACAAUUCUGA